CUCACGCGAGCUGUGCGGAGCAGCUUGAAGCAGCGGCGAAGUUCGUGGAGGAAAAGCGAGACUUCGUGAGCAGUUGAGAAGCUUCUUAACGCCGACGUGAAGCAGGCUAAAGCCGGACAGCCACCAUGGACGACUUAGACGCGUUGCUGGCGGACCUGGAAUCUACUACGUCCCACAUCUCAAAGCGACCUGUGUUCUUGUCUGACGAGACCCCCUACUCCAUCCCCACUGGAGGACACUCCUACCAGGAUGUGUCAGUUCCGCCUCCAGUCCCUCCUCCACCCUCGGCCGAGGCUCUGAACGGGACCCUGAUAGAUCAGCCGGACUCCCACCACUCCUCUCAGCAGUCGUUGGGUUCGGCCCAGAAGAGCUCAUGGUCCAGGGACAGCAGCAGCUCUCCGCUGUCUCACAUUGAAGAAGACCACGUCUACAGUUUUCCGAACAAACAGAAGUCAUCGGACUCGUCAGCAGCAGCCAUGACCUCUGCUCUGGGCAGUAACCUGUCGGAGCUCGACAGGCUGCUGCUGGAGCUCAACGCAGUGCAGCAGAGCUCCCCUUCAUUCCCCACGACAGAGGAGGCGGCCCCACCCUUACCGUCCUGCAGCAUCACCCACUACGAGAACGGCGGCGGCCCCGACAUCAUGGUGAGCCCUCCCCCUCAGGAGAAACCCAAAAGGAACGGGACGAGGCCGGACGAGGCCCGACCCACUGUGGAGAGUCUGCUGGACGAGCUGGAGGGCUCGGUGCCUUCACCCAGCCCCCCGGCUCGCCACAGCGAUUUGGACACACCCUCCCAGCAGCAGGCCAGGAUUUCGGCUUCCUGUGCCACGAGGGAGCUCGACGAGCUGAUGGCCUCUUUGUCUGACUUCAAGCCCAGCUCUUUGGGCUCUCUGCUGGACCCAGCAGGACCGUCUUCCAGCUGUCCUGAUCCUCCAGUCUCUUCCUCCAUCACCCCAGUGGCUUCUCCUUUCCUUAGUCUGUCCCACCCGUCCGCCUGCGCCUCUCCUCUCUUCUCUUUGCCUGCUGCUCUAGAGCUGCACAUAGAUGAGGAUGGGGGAGACGGCGGCGUGUCGACGCCCCGCCCAAACCGUCUCCCUCCCCACAGUCCUAUAUCCUCACUCUCUGCAGCCAGUGACCCAGACCUGGACUCUGUCAUAGAUGUCUCUGCCACCAUGCUGUCAUCCCAAACCAAGACCCUGCUAGUCCUCUCUCAGUCCGCUUCCUCUAACUCCAACCUGAUGGCACAUAGUCCAAGUCCUUCCAAUAGCACCACCACCCCCUCACUUACCUCUGUUAACACCGUCCUGGACCACAAGUCCUCCAAGUCCCCUAGUCCAUCUGUUGAACGGGUCUCACCCUCACAUGCACUCAGUAAAUUCUCUUGUGCUCCAGAGAGUAAGGGGUCUGCUUCUUUUCAUGACCUCGAUUUCAGUUUCUCUACUCCACCUCCUUCAAAGAACCUCACCCCUCCUGUCUCAGCUCCAAAGACUCCCUCCCCCCUCCCCGUUUGUCUCUCUGUAUCUCCUCCUUCUGCACAUGCUUCUUCAAAAGCAUCUACACCCUCUCCACUGAUGGUGCCCUCUCCACCGGCCUUCAGUAACUCCAGCAGACAGCCGGUGGAGUCGCCCCCCCUGGCCCAGAGAGCCAGUCCCCUCGCUGUGCGGCAGCCCCCCGUGGAAGAGCCUUCCCUGGACGAGGCGCUGGACAAGCUGUUAGCUAUGAGUUUUGCACAGAAUCACACGGCAGCACACGUGGAGGACCCACAGCUGAAGGUGGAGGCUCAGUGUCUCGGCAGAGGGAUGCAGGAGGUGCACGAGGAGCUCAUCCUACCCCUGGACAGAAACAGCAUGCAGCCUGACACCUACGCCAGCGCCACCAACACCAUCACGGACGACUCGGUGGACGGAGGCACUGAUGGGAACGGAGAUCUGGACUGGGCCGACGAGGAGCUGUCCAUGUCCUUCCACGACGGACUGGACGGCACCAUGACGCCGUACACCGAGAGGCCGUACACAGACGGCAGCAUGACCCCGCUGACAGAGGCCAGCUGGAUGGACGAGUCCAUGACCCCGUCCUCGUGCCCCGGGACCCCUGAUGUCUCCCUGGACCUGCCCCUGCUGCAGACCCCCAGUAUAGACAGAGUCUCCGCAUCGGGACACAUAAAGUCAGUGAUCCGGCGCACUAAGGAGACCCCCAACGUGCACCCCAUGUUCCGAGACGGGCACCUGCGCAGGAAGAUGGGACCCAUCAUUGUAAACAAGAACAGCUCUCAGGACCGCCUCAUAGAGGAGCUUCAGGGGAAGUUCGGGAUCGGUCGCUCAGAGCGGCGCCGUAAACAGAGCGAUGAUUGGCUCACAGAGGGCGUCAUCGUCACGUCCAAACCACAGCGUUUCCGUCUCGAUGGAGCCGGCAGCGAGGUCGACAAGAUCAUAAUUCCUCCAGAGUCGCCCGUCCCCGUGAGGAAGGUGCUCCCCCCUCUCUCUCCCCCUGCCCCCCGCCACCCUCCUAUUGUAGAAGAACCAAAGCGCCUGCUCCCAGUCCAGCAGCCCCCCAUCCCUAUCCCACCACCUCCUCCUCCUCCACCUCCCUCUCCUCCCCCACAGCCUCCUCACAUCAAGGAACCAGCUCCUGCUGCACCUCGGCACAUUAUAAAAGCCUCACCUGCACCAGCCCCUAUUCAAGAACUUCCUGCCCCCAAACCAGAGCCCCCUCCUCCUGUUCUUAAAACCCCCACCCGGCCUCCACCAGUGGAGCCAGUGACACCAGUUACUCCCAAAGUCCUGGUGUCAGUAGGCUGCCAAACAGAGUACGAUCCAAUCUUCCCUCCGAUGCAGAUUAUGGCUCAAGGGAAGGGGGGUGUCCCCGGCGGGCCUCCGACGCAGGUCAACAAGCUGGACAACAUGCUCGGUAGUCUGCAGUCAGACCUCAACAAACUGGGUGUGCAGACGGUGGCUAAAGGCGUCUGUGGCGCCUGCUGUAAGCCGAUCGUGGGACAGGUGGUGACGGCCAUGGGUCGAACAUGGCACCCUGAACACUUUGUGUGCACGCACUGUCAAGAGGAGAUCGGCUCCAGGAACUUCUUCGAGCGCGAAGGGCAGCCGUACUGUGAGAAGGAUUACCACAACCUGUUCUCCCCUCGCUGCUACUACUGCAACGGGCCCAUACUGGAUAAAGUGGUGACGGCGCUGGACAGGACGUGGCAUCCCGAACACUUCUUCUGCGCUCAGUGUGGAUCCUUCUUCGGCCCAGAGGGGUUUCAUGAAAAGGAUGGAAAGGCCUACUGCAGGAAGGAUUACUUUGACAUGUUUGCACCAAAAUGUGGCGGCUGUGCCAGAGCCAUUCUGGAGAACUACAUCUCAGCGCUGAGCAGCCUUUGGCAUCCGGAGUGUUUUGUCUGCAGGGAGUGCUUCACCCCGUUUGUGAACGGAAGCUUCUUUGAGCACGACGGCCAGCCUUACUGUGAAGUGCACUACCACGAGCGGCGCGGCUCCCUCUGCUCCGGCUGCCAGAAGCCCAUCACGGGCCGCUGCAUCACCGCCAUGUCCAAGAAGUUCCACCCGGAGCACUUUGUCUGCGCCUUCUGCCUGAAGCAGCUCAACAAAGGCACCUUUAAAGAACAGAACGACAAACCUUACUGCCACGGCUGCUUCGUCAAGCUGUUCAGUUAGAGGGUCGCCAGAGCUUCGGCAGCGCGACUCGGUCAGGGCUUCGAUCAGGUCUAAAGCGUCUGUAGCACGGGAAGGGUGGGGGUGGGAUUCAUUGUGUUUGUAUCACAGAGGGUUGUCUGUGUUCUGAUGACGACGGUGGAAGUGUGUAUGGGUUGAGUAUGUGCAUGUGGUUGAUUCAGUCUCUGCCAGACUGAAGUACUUUAAACUUCAGUAAUAUGGAAAACGUCCCUGCGAAGCAGAACAUCAAGUUCAAUGACAGUACAAGCUUUUUAAAAUCAACACUGAUGAGCAGAAGACUAAUUAAUCACCUGAAAUGUGUUGAAAAUGUUCUACAGCCCUCUUCUAUAAGUCUCACAUAAUUCAAAUCUGUAGUUUUUCUCUCAGUAGAAGGUGAAGUGUAACUGAACGCAUGAAGUAUCUGCGUGUUUGACGCUGAUGCUCGCUGGCUGAGCGUGAAACCAGAAGGUGCUGCAGGUGGACGCAGGUGACCUGUUGUUUUUAACAUGACACUAUAAACUUAUGCAGCAGAUGAUGAACACAUGAAGUCACUGUAGUAUUUACUGGAAACGGCUGCUUCAGCUCUCACGGUUCAUUUGUGUGUGAAGUUUGUUUUCAGACUUCGGCAGAUUCAUUCAGUCAUUCAGCCUAAAAAAAAGAAAAAAGAAAAAUACCCGCAUGGAAGAUUUUAAGUGUCGAUGCCAAAAUGUCACAAAGCUGGAACUGAAUCCAGAAUUGGAUGAGUGGAUUUUACAGAAUGUGGAGGUCGCCUGUUGUUUUUAGCCACAGGCUGAAUAUUUCAGCGAUCGUCUGCGAAGGUUUCGUUCAGGAUUUACUCUCAGCUGAACGUGUUUGAACUGAGCUCACUUUUUUGUGCUGUCCGAUCAUUCCUCGUCUUUUCACAGAAGAAAAGAGUCUGAAACGGCUGGUUUUGGUUGUCUCACACAGUGAAGUGGAACCGAAGUAAAUUGUGCAUCUCUUGCUCUACCAUUACUGUUUCUGACUGCAUCCUGGGAGGUUUUCUGUAAAUAUCCAAUGCAGCUACAUUGAAAGCAAAGCACUGGCCUGCUCAGCACGUCCAUGUGUUUAAUAACCACUCAUUCACAGAAGGGGGCGCUGUGGGAGGCAUAGCACCAAUACUUUGAUAUUUUUGGUGUCGUUACUGUAUUGAGAAGCUAAUGAAUGUUCACUAUUUUGAAAGAAGAAGUACAUAAUGCAAGAAAAUAUGUAAGAUUUGCUGUGAUAUUCCAAUAACUCUAUGCAACUGUGGAUUAACACCUUUGUAUUUCUUCACUAACUGGCUGUCUGUGCCUUUGUAUCAGCACCUCGUCUAAUAACACUGGCAAAUUCAGCACAGCACUGAUACCAGGUCCACAGUCCUGUGUUCAUGUUAUCAGUGCGUGAGUCCACUGAACGGCGCCUGGUGGUCUGUCAGGUAGCACGAAGAUGACUCGUUCCCCUCGGCGUCUGAGUGGCAUCUACUGUAUCACCACCUGGCCGGGUCUGUUCAUCUUCAUCAUGACGAGCAGCAGAUAUGCAUCAGGCCUUUUGUCUUGUUCAGGGAAUUCUAGAGCCUUAAAUCUUUUCUCCUUCUGUUUAUCAUGUAACUGAUGUCUCCUCCGAUCAGUUUAGUAGAGUGUUAUUUAACCAAAGCCAUACGUCUUCCACUCGUUAUCAUGUCUGUCCACUUUUUUUCUUUUCACUUUGAAUGUCAAUAGUUCUGAACAGUGAGAUUUCUCACUUCUAGUCUGAUUACGCCAAUAAAUUCUGUUUUGGUAUCAAACUGA